AUGAUUCUUGUAGGGGCUAGAGACCCAAGAGGUAAACAGGGCAGAAACUGGAUAAAACUGGGAGGCUGCAGCCGCUUAGGAGGGCUACGGGCUGACCCGACAGUGCAGUACGGGGCUGCCCUGGGGUCCGUGGAGGGCUGUCCUCUCCGCCUUCUCUUCCCUUCUGUGCUUCCAGUGACCCUGUUUGGAGGCAAGUGCUCCUUGGGGGAGGAGGGCCAGGAUUGGAGCUUCCUGAACUCAGGCUGCCGGGGGCCUGGUAGUUUAGAGCUCAUGCAAAAAAAUCAGGGUUUAGCCUCGAGGGGAAAAAAACAAAACGAAACUUCUCCAGACUCUAUUUCAUUAAACUUCCUAAACCAAGAGAGAAAGACUAGAAUUGGGCCAUAG